CGGGCCCUCAGCAGCCGUGUGGCCAUGGAGAGCAGUGCCUUUGCCCUGAUGCUCACCCUUGCCCUGGCAGCACCUGUUGCCCCUGCAGAGAGGAAGUGCCUCCUCUCCGGGUCAUGGCAGAGCGACACCGGCUGCCGGAUGGUCGUGUCCCUCGGCGAGGACGGCAGAUUCUCUGGUUCCUACCUGCCAGGAUCUGCCACUGGUGACUCUGAAAUCCUCACCUUGCCACUGGAGGGGUCCCAGCAAGAUGCGAGGCUAGUCCCACAGCCCAUCUUCUCCUUCACCGUGCACUGGCAGCUCCAAGACUCAGAGACAGCCCAGACAACCAUCUUUCUGGGCCAGUGCUACGUGGGCAGCAAUGGGGAGGAGAUCCUGCAUGCCCUGUGGCUCCAGCGAGAGGCAACCAACAGUCCUGCUGAGGACUGGAAAGCCACCUGGGUUGGCACCAGCAUUUUCACACGGAUAAAAUAACUGCAAGUGGGGAAAUCCAGGAGGCUCAGUACUGCAAGGAGUCAGUUUUUCUCACAGGCAGACUCUGCUCACACUGACGGGCUGCACUUGAGCAGCUCUCAGCCCACAGGUUCACGCUUUC